GACUAGGCGAUUCAGCGUUGCGGCUGUUGCCGGCGGCCUGGGCCGCGGUCCUGGCAGGAGCCGGUGAGCCUCGCGCGCCGUGCAGUGCGCCGGCUGUCCGGGAGAUGGCUUCUCCCCGCUCGCUCGCCGUUCGCGCUAUUGUCUCACCCGGGGCUGCCUGACUGCGAGCUCGUGCACGCUCCCGGCAGACAGCACCGGGCCCGGGCCCGGCCCCCACGCCCGUCGCUUGCCCGUCUGUCUCCUGCUGCGGGGAUCCCAGUGCCCGCGCGGUGCGGGCGAAGGGAGCAGGCGACACUGAACAUCACGCGGGGGCUGGAGCCGCCUGGAGCUUCCGAGCGAGCCGGGUCGGCGGAGCCCUAGACACCCAGCCACGACAGUCAGGGUGUCGCGGCAGAACCCGCGGCCAGCGCAGGUCCCAAGACAGCAUGUACCUGCCCUCCAGGCCUGACACUGGCAGGAAGUAGAAGGCUCUGUCAUCUCCUGUGCCCCCCACCCUCAUCAUGUCUUCCACUCAGGGCAAUGGGGAGCACUGGAAGUCCCUGGAGUCGGUGGGCAUCAGCCGCAAAGAGCUGGCUAUGGCCGAAGCCCUGCAGAUGGAGUAUGAUGCUCUUUCCCGGCUCCGACAUCACAAGGAGGAGAGCAGGGCCAAGCAGAACACAGAACCCUCUCUUAUCAGCUGGGAUGAGCCAGUCUUGGACUUCUACAGCAAGCCAGCAGGCAGGCGGACCGACCUCAAGCUCUUGCGUGGUCUUUCUGGCUCUGAUCCCACCCUAAACUACAACUCCAUCUCCCCACCAGAAGGGCUCCCCAACUCUACCUCCCAGGAUCCACAGCCUGGCCCAGACCCCUGGCAGAAGGGCUCCCUGUCUGGAGACUAUCUCUAUAUUUUUGAUGGUUCAGAGGGGAGAUGCUCUUUGUCUCCAGGAUCAGGUGACACAGAUGGCUCUUGCAAGAAACUAUCCCCACCUCCUCUCCCUCCUCGUGUCUCUAUCUGGGAUGCCCCUCCCUUGCCUCCUAGAAAGGGAUCACCCUCACCCUCCAAGAUCUCUCAGCCUAAUGACAUCAACAGUUUCUCUUCGGCAGAACAUCCACCUGACAAACUGCUAGUGGCCCAGGACCCAGAAGAGGGAGAGCUGCCUGAUGGCAGGGGACAGGGACACACGCUGGGGUCUGUGGACUACGAUGGCAUCAAUGAUGCAAUUACCAGGCUCAACUUGAAGUCCACUUACGACUCAGAGAUAUCGUCUGAUGCUACCAGGGGCUGGAAGGAGGGCCGAGGGCCCCUGGACUUCAACAAGGACACCUCUGGGAAACCUGUGGCCCGGAGCAAGACAAUGCCCCCUCAGGUGCCCCCUCGAACUUAUACUUCUCGAUAUGCCAACCGAAAAAAUGCAACACCUGGCAAUAACCGACGGAUUUCUGCUGCUCCGGUGGGCUCUCGGCCCCACACUGUCACCAAUGGCCACGAAUUGUUUGAGGUCUCAGAGGAGAGAGAUGAGGAAGUUGCUGCAUUCUGCCACAUGCUGGAUAUCCUUCGAACGGGCUCUGAUAUCCAGGACUAUUCCCUAACUGGGUGUGUCUGGAGCACUGUCACCCCAAGCCCAGAGCAUCUUGGGGAUGAGGUCAACCUGAAGGUGACAGUGUUGUGUGACAGUCUCCGGGAGCCACUCACCUUUACCUGCAACUGUUCCUCCACCGUGGACCUGCUCAUCCACCAGACCCUCUGCUACACCCACGAUGAGCUGAGGGAAGUGGACGUGGGCGACUUUGUGCUGAAGCCCUGUGGGCUGGAGGAGUUCUUGCAAAAUAAGCACGCCUUGGGAAGCCAUGAGUAUAUCCAGUAUUGCCGCAAGUUUGACAUCAGCAUCCGGCUACAGCUGAUGGAGCAGAAGGCUAUCCGGAGCGACCUGGCCCGGACGGUGAAUGACGACCAGAGCCCUUCCACCUUGAACUACCUCAUCCAUCUCCAAGAGAGGCCAGUCAAGCAGACCAUCAGCAGGCAGGCCUUGAGUCUUCUGUUUGACACUUACCACAAUGAGGUGGACGCCUUCCUGCUGGCUGAUGGGGAUUUCCCACUGAAGGCUGACAGGGUGGUCCAGUCUGUCAAGGCCAUUUGCAAUGCUCUGGCUGCUGUGGAGACUCCCGAGAUCACGAGCGCUCUCAACCAGCUGCCUCCCUGCCCCUCGCGCAUGCAGCCAAAAAUCCAGAAGGAUCCCAGCGUGUUGAGUGUGAGGGAAAACCGAGAGAAGGUGGUAGAAGCCUUGACAGCGGCCAUCUUGGACUUGGUGGAGCUGUACUGCAGCACAUUCAACGCAGACUUCCAGACUGCGGUGCCUGGGAGCCGAAAGCAUGAUUUGGUUCAAGAGGCCUGCCACUUCCCUGGGGCCCUGGCCUUCACUGUCUAUGGCACUCACCGUAUUCCCAUCAUCUGGGCUACCAGCUAUGAAGAUUUCUACCUCUCCUGCUCCCUCAGCCACGGUGGCAAGGAACUUUGCAGCCCCCUGCAGACCCGGCGGGCUCACUUCUCCAAGUACCUGUUCCACCUCAUCGUCUGGGACCAGCAGAUCUGCUUUCCAGUGCAGGUGAACAGGCUACCUCGGGAGACUCUGCUGUGUGCCACACUCUAUGCCCUGCCCGUUCCCCCUCCUGGGGGCUCCUCGGAAGCAAAUAAGCAGAAGCGGGUGCCUGAAGCUCUGGGUUGGGUCACUACCCCUCUCUUCAACUUCAGGCAAGUCUUGACCUGUGGUCGAAAGCUUCUGGGCUUGUGGCCAGCUACACAGGAAAACUCCAGUGCCCGCUGGAGUGCGCCUAAUUUCCACCAGCCAGACAGUGUUAUCCUGCAGAUUGACUUCCCCAGCUCGGCCUUUGACAUCAAGUUCACCAGCCCCCCUGGAGACAAGUUCAGCCCCCGCUAUGAGUUUGGCAGUCUCCGGGAGGAGGACCAGCGCAAACUUAAAGACAUUACGCAGAAGGAGUCCCUAUACUGGCUCACGGAUGCCGACAAGAAGCAGCUGUGGGAGAAACGCUAUUACUGCCACACUGAGGUGAGCUCACUCCCCCUGGUGCUCGCCAGUGCACCCAGCUGGGAGUGGGCUUGCCUGCCGGACAUCUAUGCUCUCCUGCAACAGUGGACUCACAUGAACCACCAGGAUGCCCUGGGACUCCUGCAUGCCACCUUCCCGGACCAGGAGGUGCGGCGGAUGGCCGUGCAGUGGAUCGGCUCCCUCUCAGAUGCUGAGCUGCUGGACUACCUGCCCCAGCUAGUCCAGGCCCUGAAGUAUGAGUGCUACCUGGAUAGCCCCUUGGUGCGCUUUCUCCUGAAGCGAGCCAUCUCUGACCUGAGAGUGACCCACUACUUCUUCUGGUUACUGAAGGAUAGCCUCAAGGACUCUCAGUUCAGCAUCCGCUACCAAUACCUGCUAGCAGCCCUGCUGUGCUGCUGUGGCAAGGGACUGAGGGAGGAGUUUAACCGCCAGUGCUGGCUUGUCAACACCCUGGCCAAACUGGCCCAGCAGGUCCGAGAGGCCACCCCAUCCGCACGCCAGGGCAUCCUUCGAAUGGGCUUGGAGGAGGUGAAGCAAUUCUUUGCCCUCAAUGGUUCGUGCCGUCUGCCGCUCAGUCCCAGUCUCCUGGUGAAGGGCAUCGUGCCCAGGGACUGCUCCUACUUCAAUUCCAACGCAGUGCCCCUGAAGCUUGCCUUCCAAAAUGUGGAUCCGCUGGGCGAGAACAUCAGAGUCAUCUUCAAGUGUGGGGAUGAUCUUCGUCAGGACAUGCUCACCCUGCAGAUGAUUCGCAUCAUGAGCAAGAUCUGGGUGCAGGAGGGGCUGGACAUGCGCAUGGUCAUUUUCCGCUGCUUCUCCACUGGUCGAGGAAAAGGAAUGGUCGAGAUGAUACCCAAUGCAGAGACACUGCGCAAGAUCCAGGUGGAACAUGGGGUGACAGGCUCCUUCAAGGACCGUCCCCUGGCCGACUGGCUACAAAAACACAACCCUGGGGAGGAUGAAUAUGAAAAGGCUGUGGAGAACUUCAUCUACUCUUGUGCUGGCUGCUGUGUAGCUACAUACAUCUUGGGCAUCUGUGACAGACACAAUGACAACAUCAUGCUAAAGACCACGGGCCACAUGUUCCAUAUAGAUUUUGGUCGCUUCCUGGGUCAUGCACAGAUGUUUGGUAACAUCAAGAGGGACCGUGCCCCAUUUGUCUUCACCUCAGACAUGGCGUAUGUCAUCAACGGGGGUGACAAGCCUUCCAGCCGCUUCCAUGAUUUUGUUGACCUUUGCUGCCAAGCCUACAACCUCAUUCGCAAGCACACCCACCUCUUCCUCAACCUUCUAGGCCUGAUGCUGUCCUGUGGAAUCCCCGAGCUCUCAGACCUGGAGGACCUCAAGUAUGUGUAUGAUGCCCUGAGACCUCAGGACACAGAGGCCAAUGCCACCACCUACUUCACAAGGUUGAUUGAGUCCAGCCUGGGCAGCGUAGCCACGAAACUCAACUUUUUCAUCCAUAACCUGGCUCAGAUGAAGUUCACAGGCUCAGAUGACCGGCUGACCCUCUCCUUCGCUCCCCGGACACACACUCUCAAGAGCUCUGGCCGCAUCCGAGAUGUCUUCCUCUGCCGACAUGAGAAGAUCUUCCACCCCAGCAAGGGCUAUGUAUAUGUGGUGAAGGUGAUGCGAGAGAAUGCUCACGAGGCGACAUACAUCCAGAGGACAUUCGAGGAGUUCCAGGAACUGCACAAUAAGCUGCGCCUGCUCUUCCCUUCUUCCUUCCUGCCCAGCUUCCCCAGCCGGUUUGUGAUUGGCCGCUCCCGGGGAGAGGCAGUGGCUGAGAGGAGGAAGGAGGACUUAAAUGGUUACAUCUGGCACCUGAUUCAUGCAACCCCCGAGGUGGCUGAGUGUGAUCUGGUGUAUACUUUCUUCCACCCCCUACCCCGAGAUGAGAAGGCUUCAGGCCCCAGCCCAGCUCCGAAGUCCUCAGGUACAGCACCUUCCUGGUGGCACAGCACCUUCCUGGUGGCAGUCCUGCCAAACCAUAGCCCCACCUCUUUGGCAACCCUCUUUCCUGUUCAGUUGGUUACUUGGCCCAGGACUCAGGUUUUCCAUCCAGGCUGUGGUGUCCACAGCUCUACGGUUGGGUUCCCUUGGGGACGGCUAUUCAGGUGUUUUUAUCAGAGUCAACCGCUCCAGGAUGGCAACGACCCUGACCCCUAUGUAAAGAUUUACCUCCUUCCUGACCCUCAGAAAACCACAAAGAGGAAAACCAAGGUGGCCCGGAAAACCUGCAACCCUACCUACAAUGAGAUGCUGGUGUAUGAUGGGAUCCCCAAGGGAGACCUGCAGCAGCGGGAGCUACAGUUGAGUGUGCUGAGUGAGCAAGGAUUUUGGGAGAACCUGCUUCUCGGGGAGGUGCACAUCCGCCUUCGGGAGCUGGACCUGGCCCAGGAGAAGACUGGCUGGUUUGGACUGGGCUCUCGAGGUCACGGAACCUAAUGAACCCACUCCUGGCCCAGACCUGCGGCUGCGGCCCGGAGCUGGAAGAGAAGCCUCUCCCCCACCUAACUCCUUUGCUAGGAAGGAGCAGAACCCUCGGUGGCCUUCCCCACGCAUGGUCCACGUGGACCUGACCUCCGUGAGGGGGCUGGAAGAGUCAAGCGCUAUCCACUGCCCCUUCCUCCGCAGACUGCACUGGGGUGGGUUGUGCUGAACAGCCCCCCCUGGAAGCUGUGGGCUUGCAGCAGAGUUUUAUGUUUACCUUGUGUCAAGGGAGCAAUGCCUGCUUUGGGGUAUGUGGAGUGCGGGCUAUAUGAAGU